UAUGCGCUCCGGGAUCGUUCGAUUAGUGCGAGAUUUUCCAAGUAUGCUGAAACCGCAGAUAGAUCGAUACGCGUUUGGUAGCAGGCGACCAAAGCUGCUCGUCACCUGCUCCGACAUCCCCGCUAAAUACAUCGAGCUGCUCCGUGAGAGAUGCGAUGUCACGGUGUGCGACGGCACGGAGCGAUCAGAUAUCGUUCAGUCCCUGCCGGGUGCCGAAGGAAUUUUGUGGCUCACGGCGGAUCGGCUAGAUGCUGAAGCACUGAAUGCUGCUGGUUCCCAGCUACGCGUAGUGUCGACGAUGACAUCCGGUAUGGAUUAUGUGGAUGCGCAGGAGUUCACCCUCCGAGGUGUUGCACUCGGACACACGCCAAAAGUAGUGAACGGACCAGUGGCGGACAUCGCCGUAGGUCUAAUGCUGGCCGCUGCCAGACGGUUCCAUGAAGGCAGGCUAAAGAUAGCGGCCGGUGAGUGGGAAAUGCGACCGCAGUGGAUGCUCGGGCAGGACGUGCCCGGUUCGACGAUCGGUAUCAUCGGGUUCGGUGGAAUCGGACAAACGAUUCUAAAGCGCUUACAAGGAUUCGAUAUAGCGCGGUGCUUGUACACGGGUCGAACACGAAAGGAGGAAGGUGACCGAGUCGGAGCCGAAUACGUUGACCUUCCUACGUUGCUGCGGGAAAGCGAUUUCGUGUUUAUUACCUGUCCGCUAACGGAAGACACGACAAACAUGAUCAAUCGUGAUGCACUGGCCAUGAUGAAGAACUCCUGUGUGCUGAUUAAUGUGGCCCGUGGAGGAAUCGUUGAUCAAUCGGCUUUGGUAGAAGCGUUACAAAGCGGCACGAUAUUUGCGGCUGGCUUGGACGUAAUGACCCCGGAACCGUUAGAUCCGAGAGAUCCACUGCUCGCGCUACCUAAUUGCAUUGUUGUCCCUCAUCUUGGAACUGCCACACAAAGAAGUUUGUUAGAUAUGUUCGCGAUCAGCGCCUGCAAUGUACUGUCGGUACUUGCCGGAGGAGAUCUUGUUGCUGCUUUUAAGAAAUAAAGCAUUUUAAACGCGAUU